GGGCCCAGCGGCAUUGGCCGCGGGUUGGCUAGAGCGGUCAGAGCGCGCGGGAGCAGGCCGAGGCGACGUCGGGUUGGUUUGAGUGAGUGAACGCGCGCGCGCGCGCGCCCCUGUGGCGGCCUUCUCGGAUUGGUCGGAGUGGGCCCUAGCGGGGCCGCCGGGGACGGUCCGUUGGCGGAGAGCGGCUGAGGCGUGCGGGGCAGGGCUGGUAGCGGAGCCGGAGUCAGGUGGCUUCCGGAGGCCUGGCCGCCGCCUUCUCCUUCCAGGAUAGCGGCCCUGGGGACCCCCUGGUCGCCGCCGCCGGGAAACAAUGAUUGAGGAGAGCGGGAAGAGGAGAAGGACAAUGGCAGAGAAGAGACAGCUAUUCAUGGAAAUGAGGGCUCAGAAUUUUGAUGUCAUCAGACUUUCAACAUAUCGGACUGCCUGCAAACUGAGAUUUGUGCAGAAAAGAUGUAAUCUUCAUCUUGUUGAUAUCUGGAAUAUGAUUGAAGCCUUCCGAGACAAUGGCCUUAAUACAUUGGAUCACAGCACAGAGAUCAGUGUUUCUCGACUGGAAACAAUAAUUUCAUCCAUCUACUACCAGCUAAAUAAACGCCUUCCUUCUAUUCACCAGAUCAGUGUGGAGCAAUCCAUCAGCCUUCUCCUCAACUUCAUGAUAGCUGCAUAUGACAGUGAGGGCCAUGGGAAGUUGACAGUGUUUUCAGUUAAAGCUAUGUUAGCAACCAUGUGUGGUGGGAAAAUACAAGACAAACUAAGAUAUAUUUUCUCCCAAAUGUCAGAUUCCAAUGGAUUGAUGAUAUUUACAAAGUUUGAUCAGUUUUUGAGAGAAGUUUUAAAACUUCCAACAGCUGUAUUUGAAGGGCCUUCUUUUGGAUACACAGAACAUUCCGUACGGACAUGUUUCCCACAACAAAAAAAGAUAACGCUAAAUAUGUUUUUAGACACAUUGAUGGUUGAUCCACCCCCUCAGUGCCUUGUGUGGCUACCUCUCAUGCACAGACUUGCACAUGUAGAAAAUGUCUUCCAUCCUGUGGAAUGUUCAUAUUGUCGGUGUGAGAGCAUGAUGGGUUUCCGGUACCGAUGCCAACAGUGCCACAACUACCAGCUCUGUCAAACCUGUUUUUGGCGUGGCCAUGCCAAUGGCCCUCAUAGCAACCAACAUCAGAUGAAGGAGCAUUCCUCUUGGAAAUCGCCUGCCAAGAAGCUGAGCCAUGCAAUUAGUAAAUCUCUUGGUUGUGUGCCCACUAGAGAACCACCUCAUCCUGUAUUUCCUGAACAGCCAGAGAAGCCACUUGAUCUUGCUCAUAUCGUUCCUCCUCGACCUCUGACAAACAUGAACGACACCGUGGUUACCCAUAUGUCCUCCGGAGCACCCACUCCAACAAAAAGGUUGCAGUACAGACUGGACACUGCCAAUCGUUUAGCUGAUGAGCAUGCACUGAUAGCAACAUAUGUGAGCCGGCUACAGAACGGUACACGUGUCUUGGACAGCCCUAGCAGACUUGAUGAGGAGCACAGACUCAUUGCCCGAUAUGCUGCCAGGCUGGCUGCAGAAGCUGGAAAUGCACCACGCCCACCAACAGACCUGGGUUUCAAUUUUGAUGCCAAUAAACAACAAAGACAACUGAUAGCCGAACUGGAAAACAAAAACAGAGAGAUACUGCAAGAAAUUCAGCGCCUCAGACUGGAGCAUGAGCAAGCCUCCCAGCCAACCCCAGAGAAAGCUCAGCAGAACCCAACUUUGCUGGCAGAACUCAGGCUUCUACGGCAGCGAAAGGAUGAACUAGAACAGAGAAUGUCUGCACUUCAAGAGAGCAGAAGGGAACUGAUGGUGCAGCUUGAAGGGCUAAUGAAACUGCUCAAGGAAGAAGAGCAAAAGCAGGCAGCUCAAGCAGCAAGCUCCCCACACUCCUCACCUACCCAUGGAGCCAGUCGCCCAAUGCCAAUGCCGGUCAGAGCCACUUCCGCUGGCUCUACCCCCACGCACGUACCUCAGGACUCACUUGCGGGAGUCGGGGGAGAUGUGCAGGAAGCUUUUGCACAAGGUACACGAAGAAACCUCCGUAACGAUUUAUUGGUAGCAGCUGAUUCAAUUACAAAUACAAUGUCUUCUUUGGUGAAGGAACUUCAUUCAGCAGAGGAAGUAGGUGAAGAAGAAGAGGAAAAGAUGCAGAAUGGAAAGGACAGAGGUUAGAUGGAAGAACCCAGACUGCACAGUAAUUCAAGCACAGGCACAGAGGGUUAUGAAGCGAGCUCAUGUUCUAACGAAGUCUCCACAUCCUUUGGAAGAGGCAUGUUUCAGCCGAUACAUACACCAUUGUGCAACUGUGAAAGAUCACAACCAACCACCUGCUGUAAGGGAAGGGAAAGGAGCUUUCUUUUAACUGACUGAAGGGCUUUCCCUCUGGGCAUUUUCCUCUGAGACUAUUGCAUGUACUGUUUUCAUAGGUGUUCGCCAAUGCUAAUCGGACAAUGCCCCAUCAAAAAUUCAACAAAGCGUUUUUAUGGGAGGUUUCAAAAGAAAACUGUUCUCUUGUAAAGUGCACUGAUCUCUUCUGAUUUCCUACCUGAGCAGUGUCAUCUCAUCAUGCGCUGGUGGUUUCACUCAUGACCGUUGACUUUGGAUGUGCAUGUAAAAUGGAUUUUAAACCAUUUGAGUUUUCCUGUGUGUAAUACAAAGGGAACUCUGAGUACAGAUCCUUUAAAAACACACACUUUCUAAAAAUACCACUCUGUCUAUUAAUGUUUGGUUGCCAUAGUGUUUGAUACUGCAUGUCAUUCUGAGAGUAAAUGACAGGGCAUGCCAAGAGUAGAGGAAUGCAGAGCAAGGAGGGGGGAAUGGCUGUAAUUAGGACCAUAAAACUUGGAUGAGAUGCCUCCUGGGGAUUCCCAACUCUGUGUAUUUUUCUUUUAGACUCUGUUAAAAAUUACUUGAAUGGUUCUUGGCAAGCAGGGGAAUUCAGGGAUGACCACUGCUAGGUUCAGAUUAGUGCCUGCACAUUCAUUUGCAAGAAGCAAGUAUAUUUUUAUUUAAAUUUAAGGAGAAAUAACAAAGUUGUAUAGUCGGAGGUUUGAAACUCACCACUACCUGGAUCCUUGCUAGACUCUCUAGUUUUGUAGCUACAUAGAAAACAUUGUAAUCAGUUCCAAUCACUAGUGAUUUUAUUUUAUUUUAUUUUAUUUUUUCUUGGUGCUUAGGAAUGUUAUUUUUAGCAGAAGAGCUGAGUGCCCUAAUGCAUCUAUAAAUAUUUAUCAAGGGCGAUGAAUGGAACGGAGUGAUAAACCCUGAAACCACCCCUCAGCUUUUCUCCCUGUCUCAUCCGAGAUGCAAGGUUGGUUCUUGGAGGAAAGUGCUCGUUAGGUGCCUAUAACUCUUUGGGGGAGAGAAAAUAAACAUGCAUGGUGGCCACAGGUUUAGUCAAAUAUAAAUAUUGUGAAUGAGCUGUCAAGAAGGAAAGAAAAGUGAGGAUAACCUGGUUCAGUGUGUUAGCUUUAGCCUGCCAAACACCACACACUUGGAAGGGUUUGUGGCUGUCUUUGUACACGUUUUCAGUAUGAUUAGCUGAAUCAUUACCCAGACGUUACUCUGGUUGCGGCUGUACAGAUGCAAGAAGGGGAUGUGUGUUCUGGAAUUUUAAAGGAUGAAAGUUUUGCUAGUGGCUGGCUCGAGGACCUGCCGGUAUAGACAGGAGGCCAUCGGUGGUUAGAGACAUUGUGACUGUGGCUUCAUCGUGUCUUCACUGUGGGCCCUCUUUUUUGUCCUUGAUUUUCAUGCACUUCUUCCCCUACUUACCACCCUGAUGCCCAAGGUCUGGUUAGUAAAAUGCUGGCUUCAGAUAAGUUUCCAUUGCUCCAGCUGUGAAUGGACCAGCAACAGUACCUGGGAUUGCUCUGUCUCACCCACCAAGCCUGCUUUCAGACAGGCAAAGGUCCUCUUGACAUUUAACUUCAAUAACCACAGCCAAAGCUGUGUGCAGAAAUCUGUGUGGAAGGAAAUAUGAAUUGUGAACUAGAAUAGGCCUUGGGGGAUGCUGAGGAUGAACUGGAAAUAGGCAGUAUGUGGUACAGUACAUCUAGGAGAGGAGUAGAUGAAAGUUUUUGCCUUUUGGCCGUUCCGAAUGAAAACGUAAGUUUUUCUCCCCUAAAUGCCAAUAAUCUGGGUCAGAAUUACAGUGGAAGGGGAGACGCUGUACAUCAGCCAGUAACUAUGAUUUACAGCUUUUCUAGAGAGACAAGGUUGGGGAGGGGAUAUCUUUUAUUGGACCGACUUCUGUUGGGGAGAGAGACAAGCUUUCAAGUUAGUACCACACCCACCAUAUCCUGGGACCGGCAUGGCUACAACAGCCGUGCAUAUUGCAGCUUUUCUGUCACAUGAUUACAAUGUGAAAGCAAGCUACAUGGACCAACCAAAUAGCUGCUCAUUCUUUUUUUAUGUUUUUCCUGUUUAUUCAUUUUCCAACGCCUCACUUUUGUUGCCACCAUUAGUCUAAUAUUUAGAGGCUAAAACUUCCACUGUAUCUGCUCGUUUUUGCAGCUCUUGGAGGUGAAGACACUUCUCCCUAGAAGAAAGGGAAUAUCUGUCCCUAUAGGCUGUCUACACUGUAAGAGAUUUACAUGACAGUGGUUAAAACAGCAGUGGUUGCCACCACCUUCUCUACACUGGGGCUCUCACCAGUAGAGCUGAACCAGUGGUAACUGUGGUGGGAGAUAUCCUAGUGCAGAUAAGGCCCCAGUGUCUGUGAGUUGGGAGCAGAGAUAACUGUAGUAUGAUGAUGGUGAUGCUACGUUUCUAUAGCACUCUCCAUCCCGAAGGACAGUCAGGUGCUUUGAUCACAGAUUAUAGAUAGUGAGAAGUCGUUGUAACCCCCCUGCAAUGGAAUAGCGAUUUCACAGCACAGAGCAGCACCACCAGGACCAAAUGCACUUUGUUAGUUUUGUUGUUUGCUGCCUACUAUUAAAAGGAGGAGCAUUUCCUCUAUCAAAGAUCCAGGAAGCUAAUUUCACGUGCGCACGGGCGUUACAAUACUAUGAUCAUGUCUUAGCCUGUUGUAAGCUCAGCUAAGGAACCGGUGACAGCCUUUUCUGUAUCAGACUAUUAGAGAGUUUGCUUACUCUUCUCUUUACGCUGAACUCUGUGAUUGAAUAGGCAAGUUCCACUGUGCAGUGAAACGUCGCAUUUCUGCAGAAAGCUGUGGCAUCUGCUUUUUGUUCAUAUAACUCUUGACAGGCUCAAUGGGCUUUUACAGCCAGAGACAGUGCGUCGUCUGUGUAUAUUAAUGUGACCCUGUGUGCCAGGGUUCUGGAUUACCUCACCCACAGUGCCAUAUAUUUGAGUCUACAAAGUGGUCAGCAAAUGCUUCAUAUUAUUGUAAUGAGGGGGUCUGCAGGUUGCUUGUCAGUGAUACUGUAAGCCUCUCUUACCUGAUGUGAUACCGAGAGGAUGACAUGGGUUUACCUGACCACCUCUUGCACAGACGCCAUUUCUGUGUCACUCUCAUGCUAGAGUCGCUGGGGAAAAAGGCUUUUUUCCCCCAGCACCUUACCAUGUUAAUACACCCUGCAAGUAGGAAUGGUGAACUGGGGAAUUAAAUGUCAGGGAGCAGAGAGCCGAUGGGUCAUUUACAAACUCCAAGGCCAUUUUCCCAUAGGUGAUCAUUAAGGCCUAAACUUCAGUUACAUUUGUCCUCAUUAACCUGGUACGCUCCCGAGAGCUUCACGCUGCCAUUUGCCCUGAGUCAAGAACAAGGUUGCCAUCCAGCCUUAUCCUGUUGCCAUAGUGCUGCUAGGGAGCGCUCGCCAGCAAUUCCCAAAGAGAACCUGGUGAGGGGGCUGCAGAGCGACCUUGUGAUGUUGCCGGCUGUCGUGACCUGUCUUUGGGUGGAACUGGAGCUCUGCGUCCCGCCCAUUGGUACUCAGUACGAAUACCUUUGGGGAGCACCUCCUAGCCACCUUCCAGCCACUUUGUUCUCCCUUCACUCUGCCAUGGAGCUGAGGCUGCUCCAAAUGCCCGUCUCCUGAUGGCAAGAGCAGCACAGGCUCGGGGGAAGGAGGAAGGCACAGACCGGUACAGCCAAGCUUUGCAUGUGACUAAACGGGUACCAUUGCCCAGAGCUUUUAGGAACCCCUGCAGCAUGUCAUAGUGAGAUAACUGAUGUCAGGUCUUGUAUGCACGGCAAGUUACUAUGCGGCAAGCCAGGAUGUGAAUCUACAGCCCACCAGCUUGCCACACUCGGGGACAUGGCUUCAGUGCAGUGAAAGUCCUGUGCUGGAGCAGAGCCCACAGCAAGCUGGAGUGCUAUAGAUUCACACCCUGGCUUGCCAUGCAGUAACUUGCCGUGUGGACAAACCCUUGGUGAGCACAGCGUAAUUCCUGUGUGACGUGCCGUGACGCCUGGGACAGUUCCUCACUCCCCAAUGCAGAGCACUUGCUGUGGUGACAUGACAUGACAUUGUCUGGAAGAAAAUAACUCACGCAUGUUAACGUUGGAAACUCUGCUUAGAAGCUAUUGUUUGCCUUGCAAUAACUGCCUUAAAGCCCCUGGGCUCAACCUUCCCGGCCAGGCUUUAAUAUAUUUUAUUGGACUGUCUUCUCUGGCGUUACUUUACCCCACUCUAGGCACACAUGCCCGCACACUUUAUUAAGUCUGUUUCUCACCUGUCAGCGAAAACAGCGCUUUCCCACCCAUCUGUGCUAGUCUUCACUGGACACAAAAUUGAACCUUUGGAGCCUGGGUGAUGUUCUGCUCCACUACACCAGAACGACUCAGCCCCAGGUCAGUGGAGUAGUAGCCAUGUAACAGAGCUAAUUCUGAUCCUGUGUGUAAGAUAGAUACCCUAUAGAACUCUAGCAUGCCACAUAGAUGUGGCAUUGAUACUGAUGUAAUAAACUGCAGUAAAGCGGGUAUCACCCACACUCUGCCCUCUGGCCCAUCUCUGCUGGGACGCCGUCAGACAUUCCACACCCCUGAGCAGCUUCAAAAGGCUGCCAUUGGAAAAAAAGGCAUCAAAGAGAUGUUUCCUUUUUUCCUUCAGGUGUGGAGCUUUUUCUGCCCAUGUUCCUGUACGUUUUUUCCAGGAUGUGUAAUAACAUCAGAGUCACGAGCCAAAGAUACAGGGCCUGAUACAAAGCCCAUUGAAGUCAACAGGAGGCUUUGCAUUGCCUUCAGUAGGCUUUGAUCAGGCCCAUUGUGCAAAGCCACAUUGCUCGUUAACGUGCAGUAUCGCCAUGGCUCUGGCUAGACGCUGGCUAGGUACUCAGGAGAAGAGAGGAGUUUGACAGAAAUCAUUGUCCGUCUCCAGUGAAGCUGAAUAACUGGUGACGGUGUCUCAGUGACGUUUGGUGUGGAAAUGUUGGCUGUUUGUUUUGCAACCUCCUCCUAUUUCACGUCUUGGUGAGCUUUGACCAAAAUGCCUGUUUUCACACUGGAAACGGACAAAAAUUCAUAUUUUGCAGCCAUCUCUGCUCAAUGCGUCCUAUUUUUUUUUUUUAAAUUGCCUUGUUUUCACUGGGAAAAGGGCCUGUUUUUUGAGCAAAUACUGUACAAAACAGUGAAGGGGUUUUGUUGUGUGGAAGGGGGGCAAAUAGACCCAUUCUUGUCUUCACAAUGCACUGCCAUAGGGUGGCAACAGCAGCCCUAUGGCAACCUCUGCGUGUGGUGGGGCCUUGGGCUCCCCAUCUGUACCCAAGUGCGUGUCACUUCUGCAGUCUGGCCUACUUCAGUUCUCUAAGAAAUGACCCCUCCGAAGUGCCGUACAGAUAAAGUACAGUUUAUCCCUGCUCUGUUCUGUUUGUAAGGGAUGCUUGAACAUGCUCUUGGGGCUGAAACUUCCUUGCAGGCUGUGGGGCUAUGCCCCCAAUUCUUGUGUUUUACAUGGAUACUGGGGUGCCUUAUUAAAGAAGAGGCUGUCUCCAAUGACGGCUCAGACACUGGAUGGAAUAGUGCAGACUAAGGACUAUGCUAUGUGCAAACAGGUGCAGGGAAGGUGACCGGAAGGUAUGUCCACAAUGCAGAACUGCAGCAUAAAGACAACAGCUGCGACUAAGCCUCCCAAUUCAUUGUCGCUUGGUCUGAGGAUUGUAACUGGCUCAGAUGUGGCUAGGAGAUUACGCCUCCCACAGGUGGCGGAAGCUCGCUUUGGGGGGGUGGAGGGAUUGCAGGGGGGAGCAGGAUGGGCGCUCUGCAUGGGGAGUAAGACUCGGUGCAGGGGGGCAGAGGAGGGCGGCCAGCUACAGACUGGGAAGGGAGGUCCCAGAGGUUCGUGUCUCUCGCCAGCCACCAGGGGUAGCUGCUCCUGGCCCUGGCCCAAUCACCACAGUUCCUGUCUACCGUUCAGCCUGAUCCCAGGGGUGCAGCAGACACUCCAGGUCCUCCGGGUCCCGCUCUUGCCUUCAUCUCCCCCCGCCACGUCCGUGCAGUUUACAAAGAUUGGUUCCCAGAAUUAUGUGUGUGGGCAGAAAUAUAGAUCAGCCCCCACCGUCCCCUGGUUCGGCUGUCCCAGAUGUCUCGUCCUUCCUGGCGAUGGGAGAGAACACACAGGUUUGUGUGCGCUUUGAGCACCACUUUGUCCGCUCAGCUCACCUCAGCCAGCCGUAAAAUGUUCCAAGUAAACCGCGGAGGCUCGUACGUUGUGCUGUUUAACUAGGGAAGGAAAAUUCCUUUGGUUUUAUGAAGUGCAUCUUACUACAGGUUUAAAAAGAAAACCAUUCUCGAGCUGGACAAAACUGUUGCCGUUCCAAGGGAAGGAAUUAGUGCUUCCCCCUCCUGCAUGGCCUGCUGUGGAGGGAGCCCCGCCGUGGGGUGUGGAAGCAGUACAGCAACAGGCGCUGUUAGUUACCAUGGAAAUGUCUAUAGAACGGCUGCUGGCCGGGGCCUACCAAAGCAGCGAUUCCAUGAGGAAAGCCAGAGCUGACACGGCUCCCUGCACAGCAUUGCACAAGGGAAGGGAACCGCUGUUCAAAACGUACCGGGUUUUGGUCCUAGCUAAACUUUCAGCUCUGUGAUGGACUUAUGGGUUCAUCAGCCAAUAUCACCUGGUGUUUGUUGGGGAGGUGAAUGUUUGCGGUGGGAAUGGGAUUCCUCGUUAGUCCUGGGUAGCGGAAGCUGGAGUUUCAUGACACAGCCAGCAUAGGCUGCACUGGCAGUUAGCACUGGGAGCAGCGUCCUCUCAGAUGUGGGUCUCCCUCAUGCUAUUUUCCACAUAAAAUUACUAUGUCAAUGAUGUAUAAAAGGAAGAAAAUUGGCUUCAGCAACUCAUACAGACUUCGGCAUAUGUGUGCUCAGUGGAUGUCCAAUUCCUUUAGAGACCCUGCUAACUUGCAGCCCCUAGAUGUAAAACAAAGCCAGGCUCAUUCACAUCCGGUCUGGUGGCCACGAGCAGAGCUGGCAGGGAUCACACCUUUUUCUUCCAUGUAUUGCAUAGAAAUCUGCCUUGGGAUUCGAGACCGCUGUGGAAUGACUGUACUAUUUCAAAUUUACAAGUGUGUGUAAGUGUGUGUGUGUGUGUGUGUGUGCAUGUGUGUAAUAAAUCCAUACGAGUGGGUGGGUGUGAGUGCAUGUCUGUGUGGGUGUUCCAUAAACAAAUGUUAAAAACGAGAUUCUGUACAUGUUGGGAACGUGUCUAAUAUAAAUCUGUAAACUGGAAGCCAUGUUCUGUCAUCUGCCAAAUAUUUAAUAAAUUAGUCCCAUCCCUA